AGGAAGCUUCCUUCUUUUCUGGCUAGGACACUUACUUCUGGAACCAGUGGAUCCCAAGUGCUUCCUGACAUGUCUGAAGGACACUUACCCAUUCAUGUGAAUAAUGUGCGGAGCAGACUGAGGGAUAUAGUGGGAGCAUCUACCAACUGGAGGUACAGUGUACAUUAAAUGUAUUUUACUUUAUUUGUGAAACCCAGGGAGAGCUCAGGGUUGAGGUAGUGGAAGGUAACGGUGUUAGCUUGCUGACUGGGGAAGAAAAAAGAUCCAAGCUAAAGCGUAAUGCAAACAAGGUUUCUGAGCGGGUACUUUGUGGAUCACAGACUUCUGAGAUUUCUCUUGCAGAAGAUCUUUAGCACCAAAGGAACAAAAUACGUGAUCUUGAUGUUUACAAGAUUCUUCCAUUAGCUUUGAAUCUGAUGGAAGUUUAAGAGCUGUAGAGUCUGACUGGACAUGUGAUGUUGCUGUUACCUCUUGACUUACCUGUUGGUGGAUUACCCACAUGAUGGGUUUGUCCUGCACUGGAUUCAGGGGCAACCUCACUGGUUCACCAUGAAGCAGGCUGCAUUAUGAAUGACCUGGCAGCACCCAUGUUACUUUGGAAAAUUGUCAGCUUGAGGUCUGUGUCUCAGUCAGGAGCAUCUCGGGCAUUUCUUUUCUCCCCUGUAACUUAAUUUUAAAUUAAUUUAUGUACAAUUUAAAUAAAUCAUUGAUGUUUUGGUUUUAUGCAGGUUAUCUUCCUCCCCCUCCGUUAUGCUGAGUAAGCCAGAGUUGACUGUAAUCCUCUACUGUUAACAAUUCUGAAUCAGUCAGUAUAGCAGUCUGGGAAAAUUACAUAUUGCUGUUUGGUUGGUCCCAUAUUUAUUGUACUGAUUGUUGAUUUUCUUACAGCUGUGUUUGCUAGCUCAUGUUUCACACUUUGUGCACUGAUGGGGAAGUGGAGAGGUCUGUCUGGAUGGAGUGUCUGAUAUCCAGGCCUUCUGACUAGGUUUGUCUAAACAGGAUUAUGGUCACGCUAAAGAAAAUGCCUGAAUCUGGGAAGCUGAUUUUUGCUUAGUAAUACUAGUAUCUAAGCAUGAGGGAGCUUGAAAAUUUUUGGUAGGUCAGCUGAAAAGGGGUCUAGAAAUUGACUUUUUAAAAAGCCUUUCCUGUAGCCCAGAACGGCUGGGGAGGAACUACGCCAUAUGGAAAUACCAUUUGAGGAUUGAGAUUUGAGAGGGCUCUGGUCAAAUCUGAUCUUCCAUCCAUUUCUUUUCCCCCACUGCCUCCACCCUGGAAGGAGAGCAGACUGAAGCCAGGAUCACCACAGCAGUGUUGUUCUUAGAUAGGUAUGUCUCUUGUGCUGUAUAAAAUCCAGCAGAAAUGGUUUGCAGAGUACUGUAUACUUCAGCUACCAUGAAGAAGUAAAGCCAAGGAGCCCAUAGCUGGGAGUGCUUAAGAAUGACAGGUUUAAUAUAUGGAGGUUUGGAGGACAUGGAUUGUGUAGCUUUUGAGAUCCCGCUUUUAAAAUAGAGUGACAAAGAGCUGAUACACAUGGAGACUGAACAGCCAGUGCUUUGAGUUAGACUACAGAAUGACUAAAGGGAGCAAACCUAAGAGGAUGGCUUGUUAGGGGUCCUGACAUGGGAACUAGGGAAGGACUGAUGCACAUACAUCUGGAUUGCUGGGAGAGGGGAGAGAUGCAUGUUGGAGGAACGCCUUCGACUAUUAAUUUUGCUAAAAGGAAACUUUGGUUCGUGAUUCCUCUUGUAAUGCCCAGUGGCAUUUUGUAUUAGAAAGAAAUAUCUUUCUUAUAUGUUUAUUCUGGCUUUGUAUUUAAAUUGUAAUUAAUACUAUUAAUCUGUUCAUUUCUAAUUAUAGUCUAGAUAGUUGUGGCCGUUUCAUAAAUAAAUAAUGUAAUUUCUCAGAAUAUUUAGGGCAGGUAUUAGUUAAUACUUAGAUAAAGCAUUGAUACUGUAUGACUGGUACUGCAGUGUGUGUAACAGUAUUUAUCUGUUGAAAAAUGUUAUUGCCUUGAUCCUCAUACUUCCGUAUAUCGAAGAGUACAUUCUGAAGCUGAAGUCAAGAAGAGUUCUGCCGCUGACCUGAGAGGAGCCAGGAUGGGACUGGUGAACACAGAAUAUAGUUAAUUUUUUAUUUUUUGGUUUCUCUGUGUUUGUAGACACUGAUUUAUCCUCUGAUUAAUUUCUCUUAAACCUUUCACUGAAAGACCUUGGAAACAGAUCUUUUAAAAAGCAGAAAGGUGCAUCAUCUUGGACAUUGCAUCUUUCCUUAGUCAUUUAGUAUAUUCUGUUUCUAUGCAGUGGCAUAACUUCAAACACUAACCCUCUGGAGGAGGUUAUUAUCUUUCUGUUUUCUCUGAACUCUGCAGCAGUCAUGUUGCCCAGAUGUCGUAAACCAUAUUUCAUAUUUAAAACAAACAAGCAAACAAAACUAACUAAAAUUUUCUGCUAGACUUUUAUUCUCUUUGAUCAUGAAUUCUUCCUAUUUCUCCCAAAAUAAUUAAACAGAAAAGAGGGACUAUAUGUUGAAGUGUGACAGCUUUGUGUCUCUCCUCUUCCAAAAAUAAAACGCAAGCCAAAAAAGUCUACAUCUUAAAUGGCUAAUACCCAGCAUUCAUCCAAAGUGAGAACUUAGGACAAAUUUUCUUUUUAGUGAAAAGGUUCUUUCUGUUGUUUUCUUUCUGUUAUUUUUUCUAAUUGGUUUUGUUAAACACAAUGGCACUCAGAUCUCAGCAAUGCAGCAUGCACAACUGAAUGAAUGGCACAUAUCCACAAGUUUAAAAUUAAGUUUGAUUACUUAGUGUUUUAUGCCUUCUCUUUCUCUAUGAAAUGGAUUCUUAGAUUUCCAUACUCUUUGGCUUUAUGCCGGAACUGUUGCAUGUUUAACCCUUAGGUUUUUAAUGUUUUGUUGUUCAUUCCAGGGAUGUUAUGAAAUAUUUGCUUUAUUCAGUCAGGUUGCACUUUUAUGGGGAGGGAACUGUGGAGGAACAGGGAUCAUGUGCAAGCAAUGCAAGAAAGAAAAGCUCUUCAUACUCUACUGGCAAAACGGCAGGAAGAUCUCUCUCCUAGGAGAAUGAAGGAUAGCUACUUGGAAGUUAUUCUGCCUCUAGGAAGUCAACCUGAAAUAAGAGAGAAGUACCUGAAUGUACACAACAGUGUAAGGUUUGGAAGGAUACUUGAAGAUCUUGACAGUUUAGGAGUUCUUAUUUGCUACACUCACACCAAGCAGGAAAUGCAGCCAAGGUCUCCCUUAUCAAUAGUUACAGCUCUGGUGGAUAAAAUCAAUUUGUGCAAGAAGAUUAUAUAUCCAGACUGUGACAUAAAAUUCACAGGCAACGUUUCAUGGGUUGGGAGGACCUCAAUGGAGGUGAAGAUGCACAUGCUGCAGCUACACGAUGGUGAUUACUGCCCUGUGUUAGAUGCAACCUUUGUCAUGGUGGCCCGGGAUCCAGAGAAUAAACGGCCAGCAUUUGUUAAUCCACUUGUUCCUGAGACCCCUGAGGAGGAAGAAAUCUUCAAGCAAGGGGAAUUAAACAAGCUGAAGAGGAUUGAUUUCAGCACUGCUUCCUUACUGAAAAUGGCUCCCACUGCAGAAGAAAGAAACAUUGUUCAUGACAUAUUCCUUAAUACACUGGACACAAGGACAGUAAGUUUCCGGAGUCGUAAAUUACCACCCAAUUCAGUGUGGAUGGAAGAUGCAAAGCUGAAAGGCCUACAGAUUUGCCAUCCUCAGGAACGGAACAUCUUCAAUAGGAUCUUUGGGGGUUUUCUCAUGAGAAAGGCAUUUGAACUGGGAUGGGCGACUGCGUGCAGCUAUGGGGGUUCCAGACCUUUUAUUGUGUCCGUUGAUGAUAUCAUGUUUCAGAGGCCAGUUGAAGUUGGAUCCUUAUUACUGCUUUCUGGACAGGUCUGUUACACAGAAAAAAACUACAUCCAGGUUCGAGUACACAGUGAGGUUUAUGAUGCAGAUACCAGGGAGCACCACACAACCAAUAUCUUCCAUUUUACAUUUAUAUCAGAAAAUGAGGUCCCACGGGUUGUCCCCAAAACUUAUGGAGAGUCCAUGUUGUAUUUAGAUGGGAAGCGACACUUUGCUGCAGUCAUGAAAGAAAUCUGACACACACCGAAUGCUGCUUCAGCAGUGCAGCAGCAUGUUGUCUUGGAAAGAGUUGUCACCAGAUAUGGAUGAUGGAGAGGGGCUUGCAAUACAAAAAAAAACCCCAAAAGCCCAAACCAAACCCAAACCCCAGAACAAAAAUACCUUUUUAGUACUAUUUAUGUGUUCGCCUAUAUUUGGAUAUUUUACUCUCUGCUACCAGGAUUUGUUGAAAUCUACUUUUACAUGCUGAUGCUAGGAAAAAAGGCUGAAAAAAUACAAUUGUAAGCUUUAGCUAGCUUCUCUUUUUCUGCUUUGAGGGAUCUCGUUACAACCUCUGCUGCCUUGCCCUUUGUAGCUCUCCUUUGUGUUUCCCUGAUAAGGGUUAGAAGUUCUGUAUGGAAAAUGUAUGCAAUACGUAGAUACACACAGACGGAGCCAUUUGACCUACAUUCUUGUGUAAAUUAUGUUUAGGGUCUUUUUUUUUUUUUUAACAAGGACACAUGCAUCUGGGCAGCAGCAUAAGUUCAGAAGUUACUGGUGUGUGCACAAGGUAAAGCAGGUGUUUCCCAUCAGCUGGAAUUUUACAAGGUGUUUGCAGCUUCUGUUUUGGAUGGUUUCAAGCUCCCUUGGGAGGAAACUGAUUUUUCAAUGAAAUGAGGUGGCCAAAUGGUCUCUUCUGGCAUUCUGUUUGCAUACAGCUAGUCCUUGCCAGCCUCUUCUAAUUUUAUUUUUUAUAUUACUGUGAGUGAGUUCCUUAAUGAAUUAUUUCUUGUGGCCUGUAGAGUAGAGAUCUGAUUAGUGAGAUUGGGUGGGACUGGGAAAUGGCAUUGCAGAGCAGAAUGUUUUGGUUUGUGAGGGACUGGGAGCAGGAAGGGUAAAAUGCUGCCAAAAUGGUAACGGUUAUGUUUGACGCUGGAGUUAGGGGUCCAGAUAGUGUGUGUUGAGCAGCUCCCUGGUCAGCUGCUGAAUGGUGGGAGGAUUUUUAUCCCACUGAGGGGUGGCAUGGCUGGAGGACAGCCUCCUCAGCUGGAUUGUCUGGUUCCUUGGUAGACAGUAAUGAAAUACAAGUAUUGCACAGCUUUAAGGGUUCUCAGGUUUACCUGUGAUUGGCAGAGUAAUUCCCCACCACAGAGGAGACACCACAGUAGACAGACCUAUGGCAUAUAAGUAACAGGAAGAAAGUACUUGAUACUGAAGUGCUUCUGAUGUGCUGGAGAAAGUUUUAAAAAUCUCUAAUAUUGGGCAGAUGAAGCCCAACAUCCUGAAAUUAGAAAGGUGAGUGGAUGGGAGGCAGUAGCUGUUAGCAGUGAGGAUGAUUGGUCACAAGCACAGAAUUGGUCCUCUGAUACCUUCAAAUCCAGACUGAUACCCUGUCUGAUCAGGACACCCAAACAGGAGUAGUUGGGCUCAAUGGUAGGUUAAAUGGAUGAAAUAUGAUGUCUUAUAUAAUACACGAGAAUAGACUCUGGGCAGGGAACUGCCAGGUGUAAAAUCUUUUGAAAUCAGGAAACAGCAAGUAGAAGUGAUGUGAAUCGGCAGAGAUGCAUGAAACAGGUUGAUAAAAUGAAGCAACAUGUUGAAACCUUAUUUCCGAGUCAGAAAGCUUGAGAAAUUCACCAUUAGGACCAGCUUCCUUUGGUGCUAGGACAGCAGGAAGUUCAUGGCUCCUAACAGCUGAUUGCUAUCCGUGGGAGAGGAGGGAGCAUUGCAAUAACUGGCGUGUUAUACAUCAGCCUUGCCUUUCCGUUCUAGGAUUUGCCUGCCUGGAUUUCUGUGUUAGUUAGAUAGCUUUCCAGCGGAGGCACAGGCGUGUUGCUUGAUCCGGACCAGAUUCAUGCACUCCAGUGAUAGUAAGCUCUUGGUUCCUCUUGUGGAAUUCCUCUCUUCAGCCACGCUUCAGUACUGAUUCAGCUGUGUGGUGUUAAAAUCUUUAACAGUUACGACACUGUGGAUAUGCAUUGUAUUUUCUGUUUUUUCUCCCUUUCAAAACUCUUUGGAAGCUGAAUAUACUUGACUGACCACAGAAAUAAAGAACUGAAAUUCUAUCCCAGCUUCUUUCCCCUCGCUCCAUGGAUCACUGUAGGCUGUUAAAAAGUACGUAGGAAGGCAGGAAGUGGAGGGAUCUAUUUCAGAACUAUGUAUUACUCCUGCCUACCUGCAGGAUUUUAUCACUGACCUGCCUGGGUCACUUUUGUAUAUUUGUAAGUUAAGGGGGUACCAAGUUCUUCCUCUACUGCCUUUUCAGCUGUAUUUAAAUAUGAAUUUAUCAUAAUCCUAAAUCCAGCCUUCAGGGAGGGAUUGGAGAGGAGAAAAAGAGGUAAUAGAGUAGGGAGCAAGGCGUGACAUCAAAACCUCUGGACACAGUGAAGGAAGUGAAUCACACAAAUAGAAAUGCUUAGAAGAAUUAGUAUGUUUUCAAAGUUCAUGAUAACUUGAUCAUGUACCACAAUUACAGUAGUUAUAGAAAUGUAUGCACGUCAUACAGAAUGUGUGUGUGUAUAUACACAUGUAAAAGAUAUAUAUAAAAAAAAUAAUAAAGACAGAAUAUGUGCUCACAUAUUUUUUACUCAGAGAAGAAAGCUCCAAGUUGUUACAUCCUCUCUGAUAAUAGCCUAAAUAUAUCUUUGUUCAGGGGUGUUAUUUAUGCAUGUUGCUGUAUACCUUUGUGUGUGAGAUAAAAUUGUUCUCAGAUCUCAUAUUCAGAAGUAAAAUAUUUUAACAUAGUAA